UUCAGCAUGCUCAUCAUGUGCACCAUCCUGACCAACUGCGUGUUCAUGGCCCAGCACGACCCUCCGCCCUGGACCAAGUAUGUCGAGUACACCUUCACUGCCAUUUACACCUUUGAGUCUCUGGUCAAGAUACUGGCCCGAGGCUUCUGCCUGCACGAGUUCACCUUCCUUCGGGACCCGUGGAACUGGCUGGACUUCAGCGUGAUUAUCAUGGCGUAUGUAUCAGAAAAUAUAAAGCUAGGCAAUUUGUCGGCUCUUCGAACUUUCAGAGUCCUGAGAGCUCUAAAAACUAUUUCAGUCAUCCCAGGCCUGAAGACCAUUGUGGGGGCGCUGAUCCAGUCCGUGAAGAAGCUGGCCGAUGUGAUGGUCCUCACCGUCUUCUGCCUCAGCGUCUUCGCCCUCAUCGGCCUGCAGCUCUUCAUGGGCAACCUGAGGCACAAGUGCGUGCGCAACUUCACGGAGCUCAACGACACCAAUGGCUCCGUGGAGGCCGGCGGCCAGGUCUGGGACUCGCUGGACCUCUACCUCAACGAUCCAGAAAAUUACAUGCUCAAGAACGGCACCAGCGACGUGUUACUGUGUGGGAACAGCUCUGACGCCGGGACGUGUCCCGAGGGCUACCGGUGCCUGAAGGCAGGCGAGAACCCCGACCACGGCUACACCAGCUUCGACUCCUUCGCCUGGGCCUUCCUGGCGCUCUUCCGCCUGAUGACGCAGGACUGCUGGGAGCGCCUCUACCAGCAGACCCUUAGGUCCGCAGGGAAGAUCUACAUGAUCUUCUUCAUGCUUGUCAUCUUCCUGGGCUCCUUCUACCUGGUGAACCUGAUCCUGGCUGUGGUCGCCAUGGCCUACGAGGAGCAAAACCAAGCCACCAUCGCUGAGACGGAGGAGAAGGAAAAACGAUUCCAGGAGGCCAUGGAGAUGCUCAAGAAAGAGCAGGAGGCCCUCACCAUCAGGGGUGUGGACAGCGUGUCCCGCAGCUCCUUGGAGAUGUCUCCUCUGCCCCCAGUCACCGCCCACGAGAAAAGGAGCAAGAGGGGAAAACGAUUGUCUUCGGGGACGGAGGAGUGUGGGGAUGACAGGCUUCCCAAGUCGGACUCGGAGGAUGGCCCCAGAGCAAUGAACCACCUCGGCAUCACCCAGGGCCUCAACAGGACCUCCGUGAAGUCAUACUCCAGGCGAGGGAGCAUUUUCACCUUUCGCCGGCGAGAUACGGGGUCGGAGACAGAUUUUGCCGAUGAUGAAAACAGCACGGCGGGGGACAGCGAGAGCCACCGCACGUCACUGCUGGUGCCCUGGUCCCUGCGCCGGCCUAGUGCCCAGGCACAGCCCAGUCCCGGGACCUCAGCUCCCGGCCACGCCCUCAAUGGCAAAAGGAACAGCACCAUCGAUUGCAAUGGGGUGGUCUCCUUGCUGGGGGCAGGCGACCCUGAGGCCACCUCCCCAGGGAGCCACCUCCUCCGCCCCAUGAUGCUGGAGCGCCCCCCAGACACGACCACUCCGUCGGAGGAGCCAGGCAAACCCCAGAUGCUGACCCCCCCGGCUCCGUGCAUGGAUGGCUUCGAGGGGCCCGGAGAGCGGCAGCGGGCCCUCAGCGCAGUCAGCGUCCUCACCAGCGCUCUGGAAGAGCUGGAGGAGUCUCACCGCAAGUGCCCGCCGUGCUGGAACCACUUCGCCGAGCGCUACCUGAUCUGGGAUUGCUGCCCCCUGUGGAUGUCCAUCAAGCAGAAAGUGAAGUUCAUGGUCAUGGACCCCUUCGCCGACCUCACCAUCACCAUGUGCAUCGUGCUGAACACGCUCUUCAUGGCCCUGGAGCACUACAACAUGACGACGGAAUUCGAGGAGAUGCUGCAGGUCGGAAACCUGGUCUUCACCGGGAUCUUCACCGCAGAGAUGACCUUCAAGAUCAUCGCUCUCGACCCCUACUACUACUUCCAGCAGGGCUGGAACAUCUUUGACAGCAUCAUCGUCAUCCUCAGCCUCAUGGAGCUGGGCCUGUCCCGCAUGGGCAACCUGUCGGUGCUGCGCUCCUUCCGCCUGCUGCGGGUCUUCAAGCUGGCCAAAUCAUGGCCCACGCUGAACACACUCAUCAAGAUCAUCGGCAACUCGGUGGGGGCCCUGGGGAACCUGACGCUGGUGCUGGCCAUCAUCGUGUUCAUCUUCGCCGUGGUGGGCAUGCAGCUCUUCGGCAAAAACUACUCAGAGCUGAGGCACCGCAUCAGCGACCCAGGCCUGCUGCCCCGCUGGCACAUGAUGGACUUCUUCCAUGCCUUUCUCAUCAUCUUCCGCAUCCUCUGUGGCGAGUGGAUCGAGACCAUGUGGGACUGCAUGGAGGUGUCUGGGCAGUCACUGUGCCUGCUGGUCUUCUUGCUUGUGAUGGUCAUUGGCAACCUUGUGGUCCUGAACCUCUUCCUGGCUCUGCUGCUCAGCUCCUUCAGCGCAGACAACCUCACGGCCCCGGACGAGGACGGGGAGAUGAACAACCUGCAGCUGGCCCUGGCCCGGAUCCAGCGCGGCCUGCGCUUCCUCAAGCGGACCACCUGGGACUUCUGCUGUGGGCUCCUGCAGCGGCGGCCCCCGAAGCCGGCCCUGGCCCCCCGCGGCCAGCUGCCCAGCUGCAUUGCCACCUCCAGCUCCCCGCCACCCGCAGAGACAGAGAAGGCGCCUCCGGCCCGCAAGGAGACCCGGUUCGAGGAAGGCCAGCGGCCAGGCCAGGGCCCCCCGGGGGAUCCGGAGCCCGUGUGCGUGCCCAUUGCCGUGGCUGAGUCAGACACGGAUGACCAAGAGGAGGACGAGGAGAAUAGCCUGGGCACCGAGGAGGAGUCCAGCAAGCAGACCCACGAGGACAGUUACUCCGAGGGGAGCACAGCAGACAUGACCAUCACCGCUGACCUCCUGGAGCAGACCCCUGACCUCGGCGAGGACGUCAAGGACCCGGAGGACUGCUUCACCGAAGGCUGUGUCCGGCGCUGUCCCUGCUGCACUGUGGACACCACGCAGGCCCCAGGGAAGGUCUGGUGGCGACUGCGCAAGACCUGCUACCACAUCGUGGAGCACAGCUGGUUCGAGACCUUCAUCAUCUUCAUGAUCCUGCUCAGCAGUGGAGCUCUGGCCUUCGAGGACAUCUACCUGGAGGAGCGGAAGACCAUCAAGGUUCUGCUCGAAUACGCCGACAAGAUGUUCACCUACGUCUUCGUGCUGGAGAUGCUGCUCAAAUGGGUGGCCUACGGCUUCAAGAAGUACUUCACCAACGCCUGGUGCUGGCUCGACUUCCUCAUCGUGGACGUCUCGCUGAUCAGCCUGGUGGCCAACACCCUGGGCUUCUCGGAGAUGGGCCCCAUCAAGUCGCUGCGGACAUUGCGGGCGCUCCGGCCCCUGCGAGCCCUGUCCCGGUUCGAGGGCAUGAGGGUGGUGGUCAAUGCCCUGGUGGGCGCCAUCCCGUCCAUCAUGAACGUCCUCCUCGUCUGCCUCAUCUUCUGGCUCAUCUUCAGCAUCAUGGGCGUGAACCUCUUCGCGGGGAAGUUCGGGAGGUGCAUCAACCAGACGGAGGGGGACAUGCCUUUAAACUACACCCUCGUGAACAACAAGAGUGACUGUGAGUCGUUCAACAUGACCGGCGAGUUGUACUGGACCAAGGUGAAAGUCAACUUUGACAACGUGGGGGCUGGGUACCUGGCCCUGCUGCAGGUGGCAACAUUUAAAGGCUGGAUGGACAUUAUGUACGCGGCUGUGGACUCCAGGGGGUAUGAAGAGCAGCCCCAGUGGGAAUACAACCUCUACAUGUACAUCUACUUUGUUGUGUUCAUCAUCUUCGGGUCCUUCUUCACCCUGAACCUCUUCAUCGGCGUCAUCAUUGACAACUUCAACCAACAGAAGAAAAAGUUAGGGGGCCAGGACAUCUUCAUGACAGAGGAGCAGAAGAAGUACUACAACGCCAUGAAGAAGCUGGGCUCCAAGAAGCCCCAGAAGCCCAUCCCCCGGCCUCUGAACAAGUACCAGGGCUUCGUAUUCGACAUUGUGACCAAGCAGGCCUUUGACGUCACCAUCAUGUUUCUCAUCUGCUUGAACAUGGUGACCAUGAUGGUGGAGACAGAUGACCAGAGCUUGGAGAAGAUCAACAUCUUGGGGAAGAUCAACCUGCUCUUCGUCGUCAUCUUCACGGGCGAGUGUAUCAUCAAGAUGGGUGCCCUGCGGCACUAUUACUUCACCAACAGCUGGAACAUCUUCGACUUCGUGGUUGUCAUCCUCUCCAUUGUGGGCACUGUGCUCUCGGACAUCAUCCAGAAGUACUUCUUCUCCCCAACACUCUUCCGAGUCAUCCGCCUGGCCCGAAUCGGCCGCAUCCUCAGGCUGAUCCGCGGGGCCAAGGGGAUCCGCACGCUGCUCUUUGCCCUCAUGAUGUCCCUGCCUGCCCUCUUCAACAUCGGGCUGCUGCUCUUCCUCGUCAUGUUCAUCUACUCCAUCUUCGGCAUGGCCAACUUCGCUUACGUCAAGUGGGAGGCUGGCAUCGACGACAUGUUCAACUUCCAGACCUUCGCCAACAGCAUGCUGUGCCUCUUCCAGAUCACCACGUCGGCUGGCUGGGAUGGUCUCCUCAACCCCAUCCUCAACACGGGGCCCCCCUACUGCGACCCCAAUCUGCCCAACAGCAAUGGCUCCCGGGGGAACUGUGGGAGCCCAGCCGUGGGCAUCCUCUUCUUCACCACCUACAUCAUCAUCUCCUUCCUCAUCGUGGUCAACAUGUACAUCGCCAUCAUCCUGGAGAACUUCAGCGUGGCCACAGAGGAGAGCACCGAGCCCCUGAGCGAGGACGACUUUGACAUGUUCUAUGAGAUCUGGGAGAAGUUCGACCCGGAGGCCACCCAGUUCAUUGAGUACACGGCCCUGUCCGACUUUGCCGACGCCCUGUCUGAGCCGCUGCGUAUCGCCAAGCCCAACCAGAUCAGCCUGAUCAAUAUGGACCUGCCCAUGGUGAGUGGGGACCGUAUCCACUGCAUGGACAUCCUCUUUGCCUUCACUAAGAGGGUCCUGGGGGAGUCCGGGGAGAUGGACGCCCUGAAGAUCCAGAUGGAGGAGAAGUUUAUGGCGGCCAACCCAUCCAAGAUCUCCUACGAGCCCAUCACCACCACGCUCCGGCGCAAGCACGAGGAGGUGUCGGCCACCAUCAUCCAGCGGGCCUUCCGGAGGCACCUGCUGCAGCGCUCCAUGAAACAAGCCUCCUUCCUCUUCCGCCAGCAGGCGGGCAGCAGCGGCCUCUCCGAGGAGGAUGCCCCUGAGCAAGAGGGCCUCAUCGCCUACAAGAUGAAUGAGAACUUCUCCCAGCGCCUUGGCCCGCCCUCCAGCUCCUCCAUCUCUUCCACAUCCUUCCCCCCUUCCUAUGACAGUGUCACCAGGGCCACCAGUGACAACCUCCAGGUGCGGGUGUCUGACUACAGCCGCAGUGAAGAUCUCGCGGACUUCCCCGCAUCCUCAGACAGGGACCGAGAGUCUAUGGUGUGAGCCUCGCCCAGGCUGGCCAAGACACCCCGAAAGGCAGCCUGUUGCCUCGAGGCAAACCCAUGUGCAGCCAGAAGCCAGCACCUGCAGGGCCUUCUUUGUUUGGGGCUUCAGGAGUGAGAGAUGAGCCUCAGCCCCGUGGGUCGACAAGGCAGAGUUCUAUGGCACCCGCGUUGAUGGCCGGGAGCAGUUGGCCAUGCCCACCACUUGGGGCGGCCUGUCCCUGGAGACCCCCACUCAUACCAGUGGCCUGGUCUGGUCAGGCAACACCCUGGGGCUCUAAAAAGCAACCCCACCCCAGCUGCUGCGGCAAAAUAGAAAACGAAGACUGUAUAUGUUGUGAAUGGCUUUCAUAAAUUUAUUAUAUUUGAUAUUUUUUUACUUGAGCGAAGAACUAACGUUUUUUUCCGUGGACCUGGGCAGCAACUCACACUGCU